GUCCUGGCUGUGUGCUGAAGGAAAAGCACUGAAAAAAGACAAACUAUGGACAAGGAGAAAAAUUCAGACUAUGAUUCCCAAGGAGAAGAGAGCUUAUUUUCAGACUCACAAACUCAAGGAGGAUUCUGCAGUCAUUUCAUUGAGUCUGUUCGGCCUUUGAUUGAGUUGAUCGACUCUCUGAGGUUGAUCGGCCUUGAUGAAGAUAUUGGUCUACCAUCCAUUGCAGUGGUGGGAGAUCAGAGUUCUGGAAAGAGUUCAGUUUUGGAGGCCCUCUCUGGAGUAGCUCUACCUCGAGGGAGUGGAAUUGUAACUCGCUGUCCUCUUGAGCUGAAAUUGCAGAAAAUCAAAAAUGGCCCAUGGUCAGGAACCAUUUCUUACGAUGGUCACAGUGAGAUCUUUAAAGACCCACUGAAAGUGGAUAACCUUGUUAGAGAAGCUCAAAACAAACUUGCUGGAAAUACAGUUGGAAUCUGUGAUGAACUCAUCACUUUGGAAAUUUCAUCCCCUUUUGUGUGUGACCUUACUCUGAUCGAUCUGCCUGGUAUAACCCGUGUACCUGUUAAUGGUCAACCUGAGGAUAUUGGAGAUCAGAUCAAAGACUUGAUACUGAAAUAUAUUGCUAAAAGUGAAACAAUCAUAUUAGUUGUUGUGCCCUGCAAUGUUGACAUUGCAACAACAGAAGCACUAAGAAUGGCACAAAAAGUAGACCCAGAAGGAAUCAGAACUCUAGCAAUUCUCACAAAACCAGACCUCAUUGACAGAGGAGCUGAGAUUGAUGUUUUGAACAUUGUCCAGGGCAAAGUAAUUCCUCUUAGCAAGGGCUACAUUAUUGUGAGAUGCCGUGGUCAGAGUGACAUUAAUAACAGUGUUCCUUUUGAUAAAGCCAUGGAGGCUGAACUGAAUUUUUUUAGGAACCACCAUUAUUUCAGCUCACUACUGAAUGACGGUAAUGCAUCUAUUCAAUGCCUGGCAGACAAGCUGACCAAAGAACUGGGUGAUCACAUUAAGAAAUCACUUCCAUCCUUGACUGACCAGAUUCAGUCUAGGCUACUCAAUGUGCAAAGAGACCUUAAAAACUUUGAGCACGGUCCACCUCUCAAAGAAGAUGAGAUGGGAUCCUUUCUCAGUGGGAUUAUAUUAAAGUUCAGUGAUCAAAUAAAUGAACUGAGCAGAACAGGCCAUUCAAAAGACAAAAACAUGUACAUACAGUUACGUCCUGUACUUAAGAAAUGGGACAUCUACCUGAGAAGCACUGAAGUAUCAUUCAAAGCAAGAGUGACAGAAAUGAUAGAAAAGUACAAUGAGAUGCAUCGUGGGAGAGAAUUGCUAACGUUCAGUGAGUUCUGUGAAUUUGAAUGUGUCAUCCAAAGCCACGUGGAAGCCCUUCAAGAACCAGCUAUGCAAACACUUAAAGAUGUACGAGAGAUUAUUCAGAAUGAGUUCAGGGACAUAUGUUGUUUGUCUUUUAACCAGUACCCUCCAAUGAGAUACAAUGUCUCUAACAUGAUUAAUGACAUUCAGUCAAAACAAGAGGCCAAAGCAGAGAAAAGAAUCAAAGAGUUCAUUGAAAUGGAGAAACUGGUCUUCACUCAAGACAAGGUAUUACAACAGAAACUUAAUGAUUCUGAGAUCCCUCAGACUGGGAUAGAAACAAGUGACAAGAACAACUACGAUGAUGACACAAUUUUCAACUCCAAAGGCUGUGCAUUGUUGGAUACGAGAAAUCUUGUACCAGGCAAACUGGUUCUGUAUUAUGAGAUUGUCUAUCAACGCAUGACAGACUAUGUGCCCAUGCUGAUAAUCCUCUUCAUGCUGAAGGAGUCGGCUAAGAUAUUGCGACAUCAAAUGCUGGAACUGAGGAAUGGGGCAGAUGUGGUAAAACUGCUGAGUGAAGACUCAGAGAGAGGGCGCAUGAGAGCUGAUCUGAAACAGCGUCUGGAACGCCUCACACAGGCUCAAGAACUGAUCAGCAACAGACUCUAAAACAUGUUUAUUAAACAUUAGGAAUUUGGAUAAAUAACAUCAGAACACGAUCAGCUACAGAUUGUCAAACAGCUUUCCAAUACAGUAGGGCCUUAGCAAACAGGGAUAUAUAAAUAAAUAUUUGAUUUCACAAAAUUAAAUAAUCAAAUUCACAAAUGAUGAUUUAUGUUGUUUAUCUAAAUUUUUGCUUCAAGAAUAAUGAUUGCUUAUGAUGAAAGUCUUUGUGUUUUGUAACUUUAUAGAUUGUUAAAUGCACAAAUACUACACACUAAAGAAAAGGUAAAACAUUGGAUCUCAAUGAACAAAAUAUUCAAGUUGUAAUCUUUAUAUAUAUAUAUGCAUUUUGUAAUUGGUUGAGAAGGAAAUAAUGUGACGGUGGUCAAUGGACACCGAAAUCAUCAACCCACUGUGGGCUGAAUUCAAA